UCGGGAGUUCCACCCCUCCCUCCCCAUUGAACGGAUGCGAGUUGUUCCCUCCCCGGAGACCCUUCCUUGAACUGAUCGACGCAGCGUUGCUUCAACUGGUCGGCAUAGAGCAGACAGGUCUCAUACAAGCUCCCGUUAUCGGCACGAGCUUCUUCCGCAAGCCCAUCGACAAAAUACUGGAAGCCGAAGGGAGACAGCGCUGGGGAUUCAUAUGCACUGGCCGAAACCGCUUCAAAGAUCAUAACAGAGUGGGCGGAGACAAUAGCUCGGCAGAUUUCACUGCAAUUCACUUGUUAUGCUCGAAUUCGUGCGAAACGUUUUUCAACUCCAAUUUUUUCCACACAGCUGUUGUGUGAAAUAUCUACUUUCCAAUUCUUCGUGACUCCAAACCCGUAGUCCCUCCCAAAGUUCAAUUCGUAGUGCAUUUGAUUCCAGGUCUCCAAUUCGAAGCCUUAAACAACGUCGUUUUUAUUGAAACGGUGAAAAUUUAGCGCAAAUCCACCUUCGAACCCCUAAUUCACCAACCCCGAAACCCUAGCGCCCAUGGCGUCGAAGAAGAAGCAAUUCGAAGGCAUUGCUAUGCUAUCCAUGUACGACGACGACGAAGAAGAAGAAGAAGAAGAAGGCGAGUACAUGGAAGAUGUCGAAGAGCAACAACAACUAGAAGAAGAAGAAGAUGAAAAAACGGAGCGACAAGAAGCAUUGAGAGAACAAGAAGAUGACGAUUACAUGGAUUCGAGAAUGGAAGAGCAGGAUGAUUCAUUAGUCAAAAGCGGAGAUAGAAUUGGCGGAGAUUCUGCUAACGAUGACAUGCCGCUGAUUGCCAGUGAGAAUACUACGCCGCAUCCUUGGGUUACGGCGGUGUCGCCGCAGCAAGAGGCGGUAGUGGCGUCAGAGAGUGCGAGGAUGAGUGGGAGACGGAAGCUUACGAUUGUGGACUAUGGCCACGAUGAAGUCGCUAUGUCUCCUGAGCCUGAGGAGGGAGAAAUAGAAGGAAGUGGUCGUGUCAUGUUUGGAUUGGAGCUUCAAACUGCAAAUGGUCAUUUCCAAGAGAAUGCACCUCCUGGAACUGUUCAGGCUUUAACACCUAGCAAUCCAGUAACUCCUCUAUCAUCUGAUCCAUCACGAUAUGAUACAAUGAGCUAUGCUGUGCAUGAAUCAGAGGGAGCACAGAUUGAGGAAGCUGUAAUGGAACAGGAAAAAGAAAUUGAUCCAUUAGACGUGUGUCUCCCACCGCCACCAAAAGAAAAGUGCUCGGAGGAGCUACAAAGGAAAAUAAAUAAGUUUCUUGAUUACAAGAAAUAUGGGAAAAGCUUCAAUGCAGAAGUACGGAAUAGGAAGGAUUACAGGAACCCUGACUUCUUGCUGCAUGCAGUGAGGUAUCAAGAUAUCGAUCAAAUAGGGUCUUGCUUCAGUAAAGAUGUAUUUGACCCUCAUGGAUAUGACAAUAGCGACUACUAUGACCAACUAGAGGCUGAUAUGAGGCGUGAGGAACUAGAAAAGAAGAAGAAUAAUAAAGUUGAAUUUGUUUCUGGAGCAACACAAUCUGGAACAGUUGCUCCUGCACCAAAACUUAAUAUGCCUAUUCCAGGUGUUUCAACUACUGGGUUGCUACCUGUGCCAUCUGCAGCCGAUACCACUACUAGGGAUGGUAGACAAAACAAGAAAUCUAAGUGGGAUAAGGUGGAUGGGGAUAGAAGAAAUUCUUUGCCCUCUGGGGGCCAGGAUUCUAUUUCUGCAGCUGGAGCUCAUGCAGCACUCUUGUCUUCUGCUAAUGCAGGCGCAGGAUACAUGGCUUUUGCGCAGCAAAGACGGCGAGAAGCAGAAGAAAAAAAAUCCAGUGGAAGGAAGUUGGAGAGAAGAUCUUGAGCCAUUCAUUGCACUACUUACCAGUGAAUUAUCAUACAACAUUUUGUAGUGGAUAAAUCCAUUUUCUUUUUCCUCACUUAAACGCCAUGUAAUGGGCUUGUAUCUUUUUUAAACAUUGGUCCUUUAUAUGGCAAAAAUGAAAAUGUUUUUUUUUUUUUUCCCCUUCUGUAGUGCCUUGGCCGCCAUUUAUAUAACAUGAUCUUUUAGGAUUUUGGA